AUGGAAAGAAAAAUUCGUGAGUGUUAUUCAGAACCGGUGGACCUCAACAGUACAGAAUUUGUAGAAAUGAUGGUAAUUGAUGGGUUGUUCGUUAUUGGGAUGUUAAUGAGAUCCAUUUCUGGGAGUUACGUUGCAGAUGAUCCUUUAGAUGGUAAUGAAUGGCUCUUGGCAACGGUCGAACAGGAUAUGUUACUUCUUGAAAACCAAAUUCCAUUGUUUGUCCUUCAAUGCUUGUCUAACAUAAUUUUCGGUGCAGAAGAGUCAAGGCUUAUGCCCCUUAAGAAGGUUAUUCUUAUUUCCUUCACCAAAAUUUUGCGGCAUAGCUUGCCAACAGAUGGAAUGACGCUUCUUGAAGCGCAUCCGUGUCAAUGUGAACACGCGGAGCAUUUAAUCGAUUUCCUUAUUAAACUAAUCCAACCUCCUGCUCAUACAAACUUGGCCGUAUAUAAGUCACCAUGCUCUUCAUCCUCACCAUCCUCAUGGAGAAUAGUAAAGAAUCUUACGGAGCUAAAACGUAGUUUUAUUGCUUACGAGGAAAGGGGAAAUCUUUCAGAUACAUCAUCGGAUUUUAUACCAAGUGCGACAGAGCUAAGGCGUGCAGGAGUCAGAAAUCUCAUCGCUUGUGAGCAAAUAUACAGCGGUAGAUACUUUAUGAGUUCAUACGCUAGCUUUAUGGAUUUUCUCAUAAUCUCUGCGGAUGAUGUCCAUGUUCUUCGUAGAAAAGGAAUAAUAACUAAUAUGUUAGGUUGCGAUGAAGACGUUUCUGACAUCUUUAACAAGUUAUGCAUUGGGAUGUCUGCCGGUGGUGAUUACUAUUCUACACAUAUCAGGGACAUAAACAAGUAUUAUAAGAAGCGCCGACAUUAUUGGAAAGCAACUUUGAAGCGUGAGUAUUUCAAUACUCCGUGGGCAAUUGUCUCGGUCCUCGCAGCCACUCUACUUCUUACACUUACGAUCAUAUCCACUGUAUUUGGGAUCCUUUCUUUCCUUAUCCCUAAGUCGUUAUGA